CAGAGUGCAGGGUUCAGUGGUGCGCUGUGUACAGAGUGCAGGGUUCAGAGGUGUGCUGUGCACAGAGUGCAGGGUUUAGGGGUGUGCUACACACCGAGUGCAGGCUGCAGGGGUGCACUACAUACAGAGGGCAGGGUUCAAGGAUGUGCUGUGUACAGAGUGCAGGGUCUAGGGGUGUGCUGUGUACAGAGUGCAAGGUUCAGGGGUGCACUAUGCAACAGUGUGCAACAUAAGAAGAAGCUCAGUAAGGCAGGAAAGAGAGAAAGUCACAGACUCCUAGGGAAUAGCUGUGCAGGCAGCUGU